GCGACUAGCAUAGUUUGAACUUAAGCGCCCGUACACAUAUUUGCAAGAGACAACUCCUCGCUAAUGGGACGUUACUCAACAGCAGCAACAAUAUUUCGAGUUUUAUCGAACCUGGAUUGGAAGUUUAUCAAGGGGGAAGUGUUGUAGUGUGUGGACAGCCCAGCUGCAGCAUGUUGGAGUCAGCAUACAGAGAUGACUUCUGCAGUGUGGAGUCGAAGAAGGGGCUGGAUGCCAAGCGUUUACCCCAGAAGAGGGAGCGGAGCUUCACAGACCUGGAGAGCAGCCUGACCGUGGGCCAGUAUGUCCUGUGUCGCUGGUCUGAUGGCCUAUACUACCUGGGGAAGAUCCAGAGAGUGAGUACCUCCAAGCAGAGCUGCUUUGUCACUUUUGAAGAUAAUUCAAAAUUCUGGGUUCUCUGGAAAGACAUCCAACAUGCUGGAGUUCCGGGGGAGGAACCCAAAUGCUCGGUUUGUUCUGAAAUGGUGCUGGUGUCUGACAAUGAGAUCCUGAUAUGUGGGAAAUGUGGAAUAGGUUACCACCAGCAGUGCCACCUGCCAGAGGUGGAGAGCUCAAUGGAUUUGUCACCAUGGUUUUGCAGGAAGUGCAUCUUUGCUUUAGCUGUGCGGAAAGGGGGAGCUCUCAAAAAGGGCGCUAUAGCAAAAGCACUGCAGGCCAUGAAGCAGGUGCUUACCUACAACCCAGAAGAGCUGGAGUGGGAUUCUCAGCACCGCACAAAUCACCAACAGUGUUAUUGCUACUGUGGAGGACCUGGAGAGUGGUACUUGAAGAUGCUGCAGUGUUUUCGGUGUCAACAGUGGUUCCAUGAGGCCUGUAUCCAGUGCCUACAGGAGUCCAUGAUGUUUGGAGAUAGGUUUUACUUGUUCAUCUGUUCCGUGUGUAAUAAAGGACUGGAGUACAUUAAGCGCCUGGCUCUCCGAUGGGUGGACGUGGUGCACUUGGCACUUUACAACCUGGGAGUCCAGAGUAAGAAGAAGUACUUUGAGCUGGAGGAGAUCCUUAACUUUGUCAGCAUCAACUGGGAGCAUUUCCAUUUGGGCAAGCUCUCCAAUACUCCUCCAACAGAAAGAGGCCAAUAUCUCCUUGAUGCUCUGAACAACUACAAGAGCAAGUUUCUCUGUGGGAAGGAGAUCAAGAAGAGGAAAUGCAUCUUCCGCCUGAGGACACGCGUUCCACCCAACCCUCCCUCCAAACUCUUUCCCGAGAGGGCCCAAAACGAGGGAUGGAGAGGACGAAAGAAAGGCGCAGACAGGAACAGCUCUCUCCCGGCAGAGAAGAGGAGGAAGAAAAGGUCGAAAUGGCUGCUGGAGGACGCCAUUCCCAAUAAUGACCCGACCUCAGCCUGGAGCACCAACCAUCAUAUGGCCAACAUCUUUGACUUCACAUUGGACGAGUUACAAAGCCUCAAAAGCACUAGCUCGGGACGGACCUUCAGUCUUGACCUGGACUCCACAGACGCUGCCAGCACCUCUGGGUCCGCCACCACCAGUGUCUCCUACGACUUCAGGAAGAAUGUUGGCAGUCGUAAGAGGAAGCUGCCCACCUCUAACUAUACGGUGCUGGCCACUAAGAAGGAGGUGGUGGAGAGCGAGCUGAGCCCCAUGGAGCUGAGCCUACCAGGAGAGGAGGCUGCCUCCGCGAUGCUGGACAACGCGAUCGACAGCCACACCUUUGACAGCAUCAGCGAGGAUGACUCCUCCCUCUCCCACCUCAAGUCGUCCAUCACCAACUACUUUGGGGCGGCGGGGCGGCUCACCUGCGGAGAGAAGUACCAGGUGCUGGCCCGCCGGGUCACUCCGGAGGGGAAGGUGCAGUAUCUGGUGGAGUGGGAGGGCACCACUCCCUACUGACCUAGCCGGCCAGACUGGCUGGCUGCUGCAGUAAGGAGGUGUCGCAGAGGAAGGGGGAGUAAUAGGCAAGAUCGGCCUAGCAAGGCCUACAUGGUUGUACUCGUUUAUUUUUCUCCUGUUACUUUUUCUUGCUCUACAGUACUAUCUUUAUUUCAGUAUAUAAUAUUAUUUUGGGUAUAUUGAACCAAUUUGGUAGCGUCUUCUUGAGCAUCUUGAAAAGUAACAAAGCCUGAAGAACUGUGUGCCGGAUGCUAGUUUGAGUAGGUUUGUGAUGGUAAAGAUAACGAAAGAGUUGGCUCAGAGUUCCAAGAAAGAACAAUACCACUGAUUCUAAAGGAUGGGAGCAAAACUGUCGGAAGAGCACUACUAAAAUGGGCUCUGUGUCCCUAAAUUCAACAAUAUUCUGCUCUAUUAAUAGUUUGUCACGGUAUUUUUUUUAACUUUCUGUUUAGAAUUGUUUCACAAUAACAGCAAUAUGCCAUAUCUAAGCCACAUUUACAGUGCCUUCAGAAAGUAUUCAUGCCCCUUGACUUAUUCCACAUUUUGUUCUGUUACAGCCUGAAUUCAAUGGAUUAAAUGGAUUGUUUCCACCCAUCUAUACACAUACCCCAUGUACACACACUACCCCAUUUUGCAAAUGUAGGGAAAAUGAUAUACAGAACUAUCUAAUUCACGUAAGUAUUCACAGCCCUGAGUCAAUACUUUGUAGAAGCACCUUUGGCAGCGAUUACAGCUGUGAGUCUUUCUGG